AGGAGCAGCACAUGACCACGCUGCUGUGCAUGGGCUUCUCGGACCCUGCCGCCAUCCGCAAGGCCCUGCGCCUGGCCAAGAACGACAUCAACGAGGCCGUGGCGCUGCUUACCAACGAGCGGCCGGGCCUCGACUACGGCGGCUACGAGCCCAUGGACAGCGGCGGCGGCCCCAGCCCCGGGCCCGGCGGGGUCUCGCGGGGCGACGGCGGCGGUGACGGCGGCGGCGGAGGCCCUUCCCGCGGCAGCAGCACCGGAGGCGGCGGCGGCUUCGACCCCCCGCCCGCCUACCACGAGGUGGUGGACGCCGAGAAGAAUGAUGAAAACGGAAACUGCUCAGGGGAAGGAAUUGAAUUCCCUACAACAAAUUUAUAUGAACUGGAAAGCCGCGUUUUGACGGAUCACUGGUCCAUACCUUACAAGCGGGAAGAGUCACUAGGCAAAUGCCUGUUGGCGUCUACCUACCUAGCAAGACUUGGUCUUUCUGAGUCUGAUGAGAAUUGUAAAAGAUUUAUGGAUAGGUGUAUGCCUGAAGCAUUUAAAAAGCUGCUGACAUCAAGUGCUGUUCACAAGUGGGGUACUGAAAUUCAUGAAGGCAUCUACAACAUGUUGAUGCUAUUAAUAGAACUGGCUGCAGAGAGAAUAAAACAAGAUCCAAUUCCCACUGGUCUGCUGGCUGUGCUUACAAUGGCUUUCAAUCCUGAUAAUGAAUACCAUUUUAAAAACAGAAUGAAAGUAUCUCAAAGGAAUUGGGCAGAAGUGUUUGGAGAGGGAAAUAUGUUUGCCAUUUCCCCUGUAUCUACUUUCCAAAAGGAGCCUCAUGGAUGGGUUGUGGAUUUGGUAAAUAAGUUUGGAGAAUUAGGUGGCUUUGCAGCAAUCCAGGCCAAGCUCCAUUCAGAAGAUAUAGAACUUGGGGCAGUAUCAGCACUGGUGCAGCCCUUAGGGGUGUGUGCAGAGUACCUCAACUCCUCAGUGGUACAGCCCAUGCUGGACCCAGUCAUCCUUACUACAAUCCAGGACGUGCGGAGCGUGGAAGAAAAGGACCUUAAAGAUAAGAGAUUGGUUAGCAUCCCGGAGCUCUUGUCUGCCAUUAAGUUACUUUGCAUGCGCUUCCAACCGGAUCUGGUGACCGUUGUGGACGACCUUCGACUAGACAUCCUACUGCGCAUGCUGAAAUCACCUCAUUUUAGCGCUAAAAUGAAUUCCCUCAAAGAAGUAACCAAACUAAUAGAAGAUAGCACUUUAUCCAAAUCUGUGAAGAAUGCUAUAGAUACAGACAGACUAUUAGAUUGGCUAGUUGAGAACUCAGUUCUUUCAAUUGCAUUGGAAGGCAACAUAGACCAAGCACAAUACUGUGAUCGUAUAAAGGGAAUUAUUGAACUCUUGGGCAGUAAAUUGUCUUUAGAUGAGCUCACUAAAAUUUGGAAGAUACAGUCAGGACAAUCAUCUACUGUGAUCGAGAAUAUCCAUACUAUUAUUGCUGCAGCAGCUGUCAAAUUUAAUUCAGAUCAGCUUAAUCAUUUGUUUGUUCUCAUUCAGAAGAGCUGGGAGACCGAGACCGAUAGAGUAAGACAGAAGCUAUUGAGCCUGAUUGGACGAAUAGGCCGUGAAGCUCGCUUUGAGACCACUUCUGGAAAGGUGUUAGAUGUACUCUGGGAACUGGCUCAUCUCCCAACGUUGCCCAGUAGCCUUAUUCAGCAAGCUUUGGAGGAGCACCUGACAAUCCUAAGUGAUGCGUAUGCAGUGAAAGAAGCAAUCAAGAGGAGCUACAUCAUUAAGUGCAUAGAAGAUAUUAAAAGGCCUGGAGAAUGGUCAGGUUUGGAAAAAAACAAGAAGGAUGGAUUCAAGCAAGGUGGGCUGACUGGGAAUUAUGUCUCCCUGCCAGGCUACACAGAAACUAAGCAAAGGUCAUCUCAACUUAAUAAUCCCCAGUUUGUAUGGGUAGUACCAGCUUUGCGUCAGCUACAUGAAAUCACCCGCUCAUUCAUAAAACAAACCUAUCAGAAGCAAGACAAGAGCAUUAUUCAAGACUUGAAGAAAAAUUUUGAAAUAGUAAAAUUGGUAACAGGAAGUUUGAUAGCUUGUCAUCGGCUUGCAGCAGCCGUGGCUGGACCUGGAGGCUUAACUGGUUCAACACUAGUGGAUGGCCGAUACACUUAUCGGGAGUAUUUAGAGGCCCAUCUAAAAUUUCUGGCAUUUUUCUUGCAAGAAGCUACUCUGUAUCUCGGUUGGAAUCGUGCCAAGGAAAUCUGGGAGUGUCUUGUGACUGGCCAGGAUGUUUGUGAAUUAGAUAGAGAGAUGUGUUUUGAAUGGUUUACAAAAGGGCAGCAUGAUCUUGAGAGUGAUGUUCAGCAGCAGCUCUUCAAGGAGAAAAUUCUUAAAUUGGAGUCGUAUGAAAUCACCAUGAAUGGUUUUAACUUAUUUAAGACUUUUUUUGAAAAUGUGAAUCUCUGUGAUCAUCGAUUGAAAAGACAAGGAGCUCAGUUGUAUGUAGAAAAGCUGGAAUUGAUAGGAAUGGAUUUCAUUUGGAAAAUAGCUAUGGAAUCACCUGAUGAAGAAAUUGCUAAUGAAGCUAUUCAGUUAAUCAUAAACUACAGUUACAUUAAUCUAAAUCCUCGGUUAAAGAAGGAUUCUGUAUCAUUACAUAAGAAAUUCAUUGCUGAUUGCUACACAAGAUUAGAAGCAGCCAGUUCAGCGCUUGGUGGCCCCACUCUGACACACGCUGUGACCAGAGCAACAAAGAUGCUUACAGCAACUGCCAUGCCAACCGUAGCCACGUCAGUCCAGUCUCCAUACAGAUCCACUAAACUUGUAAUAAUUGAGAGAUUGCUGCUUCUGGCAGAACGCUAUGUGAUCACUAUAGAGGAUUUUUACUCUGUUCCCCGAACUAUUCUACCUCAUGGUGCCUCAUUCCAUGGACAUCUUUUAACUCUUAAUGUUACUUAUGAGUCUACCAAAGAUACCUUCACUGUAGAGGCUCACAGUAAUGAAACCAUAGGGAGUGUCCGGUGGAAGAUAGCCAAGCAGUUGUGUUCUCCCGUGGAUAGUAUACAGAUAUUUACAAAUGAUAGUCUGCUGACAGUGAAUAAAGAUCAAAAGCUCCUCCACCAGCUGGGCUUUUCUGAUGAGCAAAUCCUCACAGUAAAGACUUCUGGCAGUGGGACCCCGUCUGGGAGCUCUGCAGAUUCCUCAACCAGCUCCAGCAGCAGCAGCAGUGGGGUGUUUAGUUCAUCAUAUGCCAUGGAGCAGGAGAAAUCCCUCCCUGGUGUGGUGAUGGCACUUGUGUGCAAUGUAUUUGACAUGCUUUACCAGCUGGCCAAUCUGGAGGAGCCAAGGAUAACUCUACGAGUACGAAAGCUUCUGCUCUUGAUACCCACUGAUCCAGCCAUUCAGGAAGCCCUUGAUCAACUUGAUUCUUUAGGAAGAAAGAAAACAUUGCUGUCUGAAACAAGUGCUCAGUCUUCAAAAUCUCCAUCCCUCUCUUCCAAGCAGCAGCAUCAGCCAAGCGCCAGUUCAAUUUUAGAAAGUCUGUUUCGAUCUUUCGCUCCAGGAAUGUCCACCUUCAGAGUGCUCUACAACUUAGAAGUUCUAAGCUCCAAACUCAUGCCAACAGCUGAUGAUGACAUGGCAAGAAACUGUGCAAAAUCCUUUUGUGAGAACUUCCUCAAAGCAGGAGGUUUGAGUUUGGUUGUAAAUGUCAUGCAGAGGGAUUCCAUCCCAUCAGAAGUAGACUAUGAAACAAGGCAGGGAGUUUAUUCCAUCUGCCUACAACUUGCAAGAUUUUUACUUGUGGGGCAAACAUUGCCGACAUUAUUAGAGGAAGACCUCACCAAAGACGGCAUAGAAGCACUUACUUCUCGCCCGUUCCGAAAUGUCAGCCGGCAGACAAGCAGGCAGAUGUCCUUAUGUGGUACCCCAGAAAAGUCAUCCUACCGACAGCUGUCAGUGUCUGACAGGUCUUCCAUUAGGGUUGAGGAAAUCAUCCCUGCUGCUCGAGUUGCAAUACAAACAAUGGAAGUCAGUGAUUUCACGUCUACCGUGGCUUGUUUCAUGAGAUUGUCAUGGGCUGCAGCUGCAGGACGGCUUGACCUCGUUGGGAGUAGCCAGCCAAUUAAAGAAAGUAAUUCUCUGUUUCCUGCUGGAAUUCGAAACAGGCUCAGCAGUUCAGGAAGCAAUUGCAGCUCUGGAAGUGAAGGGGACCCGGUAGCCCUGCACGCAGGCAUCUGUGUGCGACAACAGUCCGUGUCCACCAAAGACUCCCUGAUUGCUGGAGAGGCUUUGUCUCUUCUUGUUACUUGCUUGCAGCUUCGGAGCCAACAACUGGCAUCUUUCUAUAACUUGCCCUGUGUUGCUGAUUUUAUCAUUGAUAUUCUACUUGGAUCACCAAGUGCUGAGAUUCGCCGUGUUGCCUGUGAUCAACUGUAUACUCUUAGUCAGACAGAUACUUUGGCCCAUCCAGAUGUGCAAAAGCCAAAUCAGUUUCUCCUAGGUGUGAUUCUCACUGCUCAGCUGCCUCUCUGGUCCCCAACUAGUAUUAUGCGAGGAGUCAAUCAGAGACUGUUAUCCCAGUGCAUGGAGUAUUUUGAUCUGAGGUGCCAAUUAUUAGAUGAUCUGACAACUUCAGAAAUGGAGCAGUUAAGAAUCAGCCCAGCUACCAUGCUCGAAGAUGAGAUUACUUGGCUGGAUAACUUUGAACCUAAUCGCACAGCUGAAUGUGAGACCAGUGAAGCAGAUAACAUUUUAUUGGCAGGACACUUACGGCUCAUCAAGACCCUUCUUUCACUCUGUGGGGCAGAAAAGGAAAUGCUUGGUUCAUCACUCAUUAAACCAUUAUUAGAUGACUUCCUUUUCCGAGCUUCUAGAAUUAUUUUAAAUAGUCAUUCUCCAGCUGGCAGUGCCGCCAUCAGUCAACAGGACUUUCAUCCAAAAUGUAGUACAGUGAAUAGCCGAUUGGCAGCCUACGAAGUCCUUGUAAUGCUGGCUGAUAGCUCACCUUCAAAUCUUCAGAUUAUUACAAAAGAACUACUUUCCAUGCAUCAUCAACCUGAUCCUGCUCUUACCAAGGAGUUUGAUUACCUUCCCCCAGUGGAUAGCAGGUCCAGCUCAGGGUUUGUGGGACUGAGGAAUGGUGGCGCUACAUGUUACAUGAAUGCAGUCUUCCAACAGCUGUAUAUGCAACCUGGUCUCCCGGAGUCAUUACUUUCAGUGGAUGAUGACACGGACAAUCCAGACGAUAGUGUAUUCUACCAAGUGCAGUCUCUCUUUGGGCAUUUGAUGGAAAGCAAGCUGCAGUACUAUGUACCUGAGAACUUUUGGAAGAUUUUCAAGAUGUGGAACAAAGAACUUUAUGUGAGAGAACAACAGGAUGCAUAUGAAUUCUUCACCAGUCUCAUCGAUCAGAUGGAUGAAUAUCUCAAGAAAAUGGGGAGAGACCAAAUUUUUAAGAAUACUUUUCAGGGCAUCUAUUCUGAUCAGAAGAUCUGUAAAGACUGUCCUCACAGAUAUGAGCGCGAGGAAGCUUUCAUGGCUCUCAAUCUAGGAGUUACUUCCUGUCAGAGUUUGGAAAUUUCUUUGGACCAGUUUGUUAGAGGAGAAGUUCUAGAGGGAAGUAAUGCAUAUUACUGUGAAAAGUGUAAAGAAAAGAGAACAACAGUGAAAAGGACCUGUAUUAAGUCAUUACCUAGUGUCUUGGUCAUCCACCUGAUGAGAUUUGGAUUUGACUGGGAGAGUGGACGCUCCAUUAAAUAUGACGAACAGAUAAGGUUUCCCUGGAUGCUAAACAUGGAGCCUUACACAGUUUCAGGAAUGGCUCGCCAAGAUUCAUCUUCGGAAGUUGGUGAAAACGGGCGAAAUAUGGAUCAGGGAGGUGGAGGAUCUCCACGAAAAAAAGUUGCCCUUACAGAAAACUACGAACUUGUCGGCGUCAUUGUACAUAGUGGGCAGGCACAUGCAGGCCACUACUAUUCCUUCAUCAAGGACAGGCGGGGAUGUGGAAAAGGAAAGUGGUAUAAAUUUAAUGACACAGUUAUAGAAGAAUUUGACCUAAAUGAUGAGACCCUAGAGUACGAAUGCUUUGGAGGAGAAUAUAGACCAAAAGUUUAUGAUCAAACAAACCCAUAUACUGAUGUACGCCGAAGAUACUGGAACGCCUAUAUGCUCUUCUACCAAAGGGUGUCUGAUCAGAACUCCCCUGUGUUACCAAAGAAAAGUCGAGUCAGCGUUGUGCGGCAGGAAGCUGAGGACCUCUCUCUGUCAGCACCAUCUUCACCAGAAAUUUCACCUCAGUCAUCUCCUCGGCCCCAUAGGCCUAACAAUGACCGGCUCUCUAUUCUAACCAAGCUGGUUAAAAAGGGUGAGAAGAAAGGACUCUUUGUGGAAAAGAUGCCUGUUCGCAUAUACCAGAUGGUGAGAGAUGAAAACCUCAAGUUUAUGAAGAAUAGAGAUGUGUACAGUAGUGAUUAUUUCAGUUUUGUUUUGUCUUUAGCAUCAUUGAAUGCUACUAAAUUAAAGCAUCCGUACUAUCCUUGCAUGGCAAAGGUGAGCUUACAGCUUGCCAUUCAGUUCCUUUUUCAAACUUAUCUACGGACAAAGAAAAAACUCAGGGUUGACACUGAAGAAUGGAUUGCCACUAUUGAAGCAUUACUUUCAAAAAGUUUUGAUGCUUGUCAGUGGCUGGUUGAAUAUUUUAUUAGUUCUGAAGGACGAGAAUUGAUAAAGAUUUUCUUGUUGGAGUGCAAUGUGAGAGAAGUACGUGUCGCUGUGGCCACCAUCCUGGAGAAAACCCUAGACAGUGCCUUGCUUUAUCAGGAUAAGUUAAAGAGCCUUCAUCAGUUACUGGAGGUACUACUUGCUCUGUUGGAUAAAGAUGUUCCUGAAAAUUGUAAAAACUGUGCUCAGUACUUUUUCCUGUUCAACACUUUUGUACAAAAGCAAGGAAUUAGGGCCGGAGAUCUUCUUCUGAAGCAUUCAGCUCUGCGACACAUGAUCAGCUUUCUCCUGGGGGCCAACCGGCAGAACAGUCAGAUACGUCGAUGGAGUUCGGCACAAGCACGAGAAUUUGGGAACCUUCACAACACAGUGGCAUUGCUUAUCUUGCACUCAGAUGUCUCUUCCCAAAGAAACGUUGCUCCGGGUGCGUUUAAACAACGGCCGCCUAUUAGCAUUGCCCCCUCGAGUCCCCUGCUGCCCCUCCACGAGGAAGUCGAAGCCCUGUUGUUCCUGUCCGAAGGGAAACCUUACCUGUUAGAGGUGAUGUUUGCUCUGCGAGAGCUGACAGGCUCACUGCUGGCGCUCAUUGAGAUGGUGGUGUACUGCUGUUUCUGUAACGAGCAUUUCUCCUUCACCAUGCUGCAUUUCAUUAAGAACCAACUAGAAACAGCUCCACCCCAUGAGUUAAAGAAUACGUUCCAACUGCUUCAUGAGAUGUUGGUCAUUGAGGAUCCCAUACAAGUGGAGCGAGUCAAAUUUGUGUUUGAGACAGAAAAUGGAUUACUAGCUCUGAUGCACCACAGUAAUCACGUGGACAGCAGUCGCUGCUACCAGUGUGUCAAAUUUCUUGUAACUCUUGCUCAGAAGUGUCCUGCUGCUAAAGAAUACUUCAAGGAGAACUCCCAUCACUGGAGUUGGGCUGUACAGUGGCUGCAGAAGAAGAUGUCAGAACAUUACUGGACACCGCAGAGUAAUGUCUCUAAUGAAACAUCAACUGGAAAAACUUUUCAGCGAACAAUUUCAGCUCAGGACACAUUAGCAUAUGCCACAGCUCUCCUGAAUGAGAAGGAGCAGUCGGGAAGCAGUAACGGGUCGGAGGGCAGUCCUGCGAAUGAGAACGGAGAGAGGCACUUACAGCAGGGUUCUGAAUCGCCCAUGAUGAUCAGCGAGUUAAGAAGUGACCUGGACGAUGUCGAUCCCUAGGGGAUGUGCCCAGCACAUGAUGAGAAGUCACGUCACGGUUACUAGAUGCUCAGGACCUUUUUGAAAUCAGAAUCUCAUCCUUGAACCCUUUGGAAGAGCCUGGAGGCUGGACCGGGAGAGCCUGCGCCGUGAAGGGAGGAGCACGUGUUUUAAGGAAAGCACUCUUCAGCCCCCGGGGAAGGCCUGGGAGCUGUUUGGCAGCGAAGAACUCCAGCCUGUGGAUCCGCUGACCCCCGGGGGCACAGUCCGUAUGUGGAUUGACACUUUUGGGGAGAUUCUGGGAAAUAAAGCCGGUGGUAGACUGUUUUGUUACAUGAACAUAACAAGAGUGAGUGAGGAUAAGCUGUUGCUUUCUCUAUGAUGCUACAAAAGAAAUUCCUUUGGUUUUUAUAUUUAAAAGAAAAAAAAGCAAGCUGCCUUUAGAUGAGUGCGGGCAAAUUUUUAAUCUUGCAGUAACAUUGAAUAGGCGUAUCCAAUUUAAAAUGAUGUAAAGAUAUGUGAUAAAAGUUCCUUUUCACUGUACAUUAGUAGUUAAAGAAUUCAGUUUACACAGACCUUUGUAUUUAAUAUGUCUCCCUAUUUGUAUAGAAUUUCAGGCUGGUCUGGAUGAGAGCUCUGCGCAUAAACUUGGAUCUUGAUGAAAUGUUACCAGAAUCAAAAAUUGGGAAAUUAAGCUCUUUAAGGUAUUUUUCUGAUAUAAUUGAGAUUGAAAGAGCAAUAAAAAAAAAAAAAUGCUGUGUUCUCCAGAAGUACAGGGUGCAUUCUUUGACACCAGUUACUGAAGAAGUUGCGAGUUGUUCCCAAAACAAAUUUUAAAAAGAGCAAAAUAAAAAGCACUUUAAGAUAUAAUUUUAUUGAGUUUGACUUCAUAAAAUCAUCUUUUUAAUGCUUGGAGACAUAUUGAAUAAACUGUAGUCUUAAGUCAUGUGACCUGCAAUCAUUUGCUUUUGCUGAAAAAUAAUUACUGAAACCCUUGGUACUGGUUGUAUAUGAAGUUUAAAUAUUUGAGUUGAAAGACACUGCUUUGUGAGUUUCUAGACCUUUUAAUCCAGAGAAGGAAUUUGAGACUUAGUUUCUCCUCAGCAUAACUAAUUGACACUAAAAAGAUGGGGACAAGAAAUAACUAGUAAGCAACUGAGCAGCCAUCCACUUAGGUGUGUUUCCCACGUCUUGUACCAAGCACUCAUUUCAGGUUAGAUGCCAGCUCCCCCUUUUUCUGGAGGGGAGGGGGCAUGCCAACAUAUUGCAUAUAUUUUGUAUGUUUUGGGUUUUGAGUCACUACACACAUUUUCAACCCUGUUUGCCUUUGGUUGUGUGCCCUGCCUGGUCCUGUGCUCAGCACGCACAGGACUAGGGGAGCCUCAGGAAGAGCCGAGUGGCCCCAGUCAUAGAUCUGCAGAGUCAGAGAGGCUCAGUGGACCCGUGACAGGACAGACAGCUGCUCCCACUGCGCACUGCAGACCCUGUCAUCUCACGGUCGAAGGUUGAAGUUACGGUGCAGCCAGGCUGCAGUUUGUGAUUACGUGACAGGCUGGUGGUGGCUUCUGUCAAAAGACACUGAGGAGGUGGAGGGCCGACACCUAAGAGCAGAGCUGCGCCCCAGAGGAAGGGUCAGAGGCAGCCGUCAGAUUUUAUGUUGUUCUGCUGUCCUUGCAAACUCAAGUGUGAUGUUUCAAAAUGGAUUUUGAGCACAUGAAUAUCCGAUGUCCUACUAUCUCCCCAGCCGUCCCCUCCAUCCCCAUCCUCACAAAGCGACCCCACAGGGCGUGACGCUGAAAUGCCAGCCGUGGUAAAGCGUGAUGAUAUCACGCUGGCAGCUGCACUCUCAGGAGCCCAGAUUCAGGAGUGAAAUUGCUACUUCUAUCCCCUCUUUCCUAUGGAAACAAUGCCUUCCACAGCCCCCAGCACCUGCUCCCUCACGGUCAUGUUCUUCAGGACCAGCAUCACCUGCCGCUGAUGUUAGGUGCCCUGGUUGAUUUGCUCACGUUGUUGCUGCGAGGAACAUCACUUUCACGUUGCCAGUAACCUUGAUUUCCAAUGGCUGCAGUCUACAAACCUGCUGAUGACUUUUUUUUAAUGUCAUACAACAAAGUGACAAUUACGACAGGCUUACUUUGGAAGAAGGGUCAUUUUUACUGCCAAUUUUUUGGACGAAGAUGUUUUUAUAAAUCUUUCAAAAUGGUCUGCAAAUCGAGUAGGAAUUGCACAACUAAACUCAAUGCUGUGUUUUCUCAAGAAGCUCCCUUCGUGAGGCCCUUCUUAGGAUGGCCGAAUCAGCCCCUUAGAGGCGUUCUGGGAGAGAACGCAAAUGAGCCUUCCGAAGGGCACCUGGCCCGUGACUUCCCCUGGAGCCCACACACGGCCCUGACAGAACAAACGCGGGCCUAGAGCACGUGUCACCAGACUCACCCUGUCUUGCUCCACCCUCCCUGCUAACAUCGAGGCGUGUGCCGUUACCUUUUAAGCUUGGAACGAGCAGACUGGAAUUUUCCUCUGCUACCUCUUGUGUACAAAAUCUUGUUUAUAAAAUUUCAAAAGGAAGUAGAUAAACUAGGGAAGAAACUUAAUUCUAAAUUUGGUUCACUGAGUGGCAGUUCUUAGCUUCUGAGGGUAUAAAAUAAAUUUUUCAAAAACAAA